GCCAACCAUACAUCAUUUUCCCUUGUACCAUCUCCUUCCUCUUGUUUUUCUUGCUUAUCUCUACACUUUGUUGCUCCCAGUGGUGAGCUAAUAGGGCAUAGGAUAUUUCCAAGGUUAUUUGGCAAGGGAGAAUGCAUCCAAGUGGCGGGCCGCUGUCGGUGCCACCAGGCUUCCGCUUCCAUCCGACUGACGAGGAGCUCCUCUACUACUACCUGAGGAAGAAGGUUGCUUAUGAGCCCAUAGAUCUUGAUGUCAUAAGGGAGAUUGAUCUCAAUAAGCUUGAGCCCUGGGAUCUCAAAGGUAAAAUAUACAGAUGUGAUUUUGUGCGCAAACUACUUAUCUGCAGCAAGCUAGAUCUGAUAUUGCUAGACCUAAAGAGAUAGCUAAUUCACAAGAGAUCUUAUAUAUGCAUGUGCGGGGCAUGGCAGAUAGGUGCAAAAUAGGCACGGGGCCUCAGAAUGAGUGGUACUUCUUUAGCCACAAGGACAAGAAGUACCCAACGGGGACGAGGACGAACCGCGCCACAACGGCGGGGUUCUGGAAGGCGACAGGGCGGGACAAGGCCAUCUUCCUCGGCAACGCCAGGAGGAUCGGUUUGAGGAAGACCCUGGUGUUCUACAUCGGGAGAGCUCCUCACGGCAAGAAGACUGACUGGAUCAUGCACGAGUACCGCCUCGACGAAGGGAAGGUUGAGAUUCAGGAAGAUGGAUGGGUGGUGUGUAGGGUUUUCAAGAAGAAGAACUAUCAGAGAGGUCUCCACCCGGCUGAGAUGGCGGCACUGGACGACGAUGAGCUCCAGCCCUUCCAAGUUCCAGUCCCUGGCGCCCUGGCAACAGACCACAAGCACAACCCUCACCUCAUGCAAUACGAUUUCCCUUCCUUCGACCCCUCCAUGCAGCUCCCGCAGCUCAUGAGCGCCGAUCAGCCCUUCCCAGCCCUUCUCCCUAGCCAGCCCGGCGUCGCCAUGGCCAUGAGCUCGCUCGACGUCGAGUGCUCGCAGAACCUGGUGAAGCUGAUAUCGACCGGCAGCGACGGGAUGCUCCACAGCGGUGCCGCUGGUGUGGACCGCUUCUCCGCCACGACGGAUUGGUCGAUCCUAGACAAGCUCCUCACCUCGCACCAAAACCUUGAUCAAAUCAUCCAGGGCAAGGUCACCGGAGCAUCUGCCGCCCCAAUGGCGCCAUACCAUCAGCGGCUCAUGGAACUCGGCAGCACGUCGUCCUUGCAGAGGUUCCCGCUGCAGUACCUCGGCGGCGAGGCAGCCGACCUCCUCAGGUUUCCGAAAUAGAUGGACCGCAAGUUCAGCUGCCAUGAUGAGCGCAGUGAGCAGAUCAGGUUUUUUUUUAAUUAGACUGGUUAAUUCCGUCUACCUAUUGGCAUGAAGUUUAAUGCUUCUGAAUGUAUAUAGGGUGCAACUGUUUGGGUCAUGUAUGCAUUGCAUGCCAUUUCCAUUCUCCUCUGUGGUUGGUUGGACAUGAGGAUCUUUUUCUUUUUUAUGUUCCCUUUUUGGCUUAGGGUUGCUUGCUUGUUAGGUGCUUUUGGAGAAGAAUGUGAAGAGAGAUGGCCCAAGUAAUCAAGAACUUUUGUUCUUGUCUGGAAUAUUACUUAUGUUUCAAACUUCCCCAUUAAUUGGCCUUUGGGUUGUUGAACUGAACAUGCUUGCAUAUCUAUUGAUGAUCACCGAAUAAAACGCACG